AUGUCCGACUCCCAACGAAAGCCCCCUUCACGCAGUGGGACUGUGACCACAACAGCAGUAUCUUCUACCGCUACUCGCAAUCAACCAGGCCAUGAAGCCCAAUGGACUAGGAGACGAUGGAACUCGCCAUCACCACCACCAUUUAGGCGACUUCAACACUAUACCCGCACCAAGGCUUUCUGGGCAAAGUUCAAUGGCGCAGGGAAGAAACAUGUUCCGGGCUGGGUUGAAUCAGCUAGUAAUACCGUGCGCCAUUCUUGGCUUAACCUAUUGAUCGUCUUCGUCCCUCUUUCCUGGGCCGCCCACUGGGCCAAUUGGCACUUUGCCACUUUUGCGUUGUCUUUCCUGGCCAUCGUACCGCUCGAAAAACUCUCUGAUUUCGGCGGCGAACAAAUGGCGCUCUACUUGGGAACAUCGCUCGGAGAUUUGUUGGUUAUUACUCUUGACAACGUGGUUGAAGCUACUUUGGCUAUCAUUUUGCUUGUGCACUGCGAACUCAAACUUGUCCAAAGCACACUUAUUGGUGUCAUUCUGUUGCAUUUACUUCUUGUACCUGGAACUGCAUUCUUGACGGGUGGCGCCCAGAUUUGGGAGCAGCAUCUUAGACCACACCCCACCCAGCUCAACCAUUCGCUUCUCACCUUUGGCAUUAUUUGCAGCCCUCCUGAAUCACUCGCUACUAGCUCGGGAGGCUCAACUGCGGCUGUAGCAGCGCGUCUUAUGGCGAGAGCCGGUGAUGCCAGCCGGGGGCGUUCCUCAAGUUUAGCCGCGGGCUUGCUAUCCUUUUGCUCAUUGCAUACAUCGGUUCUCGCAUCUACCUCCAUAAUCCACCGGGAAAACAAUGCUCUUGAUCUCCACCCCAACGCCCCCGAGAUCGAAAAGCGCAUGGAAGCAGAGGUUGAGAGAGAACAACCCGAAAUCGGGCCAUGUUUUGCGGCCGACGGAUUGAUUGCUAUCAUUUAUUUCAUGAAGGCGGUUUGUUUCCUGAAACCCCAGAGUCCGGAUGAGCUUGCCAAGGCGAGAAGCAUCGAUCUGAGUAUCCAGUUUGCGUUGUUUUGGGUUCCAGUUGUAGUGCUUUUGGGAUGGUGGACGCAUCGUCCAAUGUCGCUCCUAUUCGACUUGUGGGAGGUUGCUAUUUUGAUUGGCGCCUGCUUCUUGGUGAACUAUGUGACUGCCGAUUCCAAGACAAAUUGGGUAGAAGGGAUGAUUAUGGUCUUGUUCUACGUUGCCAUCGCUCUGGUUGCGUGGUUCUAUAACGGCCAACCAGAAGUUCACGAGAUGCUCCGGUGCGAGAGUGUCGCAGAUUCCCUCGCAGUAGUUGCGAAUGGGCUCGCUGGAACCGGAGGCGAAGCGGGUCACUAA